GUGGGAGUGUGCCUUGACGGGAGUCAUCUUUCUUGAAUGGCUCAUAUUUCAUUAGUUCUGAUUGAAUGCUCAACACCGUGUUGACCUGGACUCGGUAAUCAACAUUUAGAUGUUGACGGUCAAUUUUACAUCUGUGACAGGUUAACGUGACUAGCACUAUGACUGAUGGGGACUACGAUUAUCUGAUUAAACUUCUGGCUCUCGGCGACACUGGGGUUGGUAAAACCACCUUUCUCUAUAGGUACACGGAGAAUAAAUUCAACCCCAAGUUUGUCACCACAGUGGGAAUUGACUUCCGGGAAAAGAGACUGGUGCACCAUGUUGGAGGCUCAAAUGGUAAAACAGGCAAUCCCUUUAGAAUCCAUCUCCAGCUAUGGGAUACAGCUGGACAGGAAAGGUUUCGAAGUCUCACCACAGCCUUCUUCAGGGAUGCCAUGGGAUUUUUACUGGUCUUCGACCUAACAAGUCAGCAGAGUUUCCUGAAUGUGAGAAACUGGAUAAGCCAGCUUCAAGCAAAUGCAUAUUGUGAGAAUCCUGAUGUGGUUUUAAUUGGGAACAAAGCAGAUUUAUCUGAUCAGAGGGAGGUAGAAGAGAAACAAGCAAAAGAGCUAGCAGAAAAAUAUGGAAUUCCAUACUUUGAAACUAGUGCUGCCACUGGAACUGGGAUUGAUGAAUCUGUAAUUGCAUUGCUGGACUUAAUAAUGAAACGUAUGGAGGAGUGUGUUGACAAGAGUCAAAUACCUGAAUCAGUCAACGGAGGUGCAGGUCAAAAACUUGAAGAUACCAAUCCAAAUGAGAAAAAGUGUGCCUGCUAGAAACCAGAGUUAUCCCACCUAAAGAAGUUUUGCAUGUGUAAAUUGUUCUCCAGAAAGUUUAUUUUCCUAUCUCAUUGUGUUUUUUUUUUACACUUAUGCUGGCCAUCUUCACUAUAACUAGGGGAAAUAGUUGUAGAUAAUGCUGUUUAGGUAUUGCAGAAAAUGUCAUCAAGUAUUUUAGUUGGAAGAUUUCAUCCAUGAAUGUAUACCUCAGUACACUAGGCUAUCCACCCCAGCCACAUUAAUGCCACUAAACUGCUUCCUGCCAAAUACCGAUGUUGCCAAAUAAGUAAAAGAAACUUGACUUCUCUUAUAGAACAAAGGUGAAAGGAAGGCCAUCAAGUUGCAAAAGGCAACAGCCAACUCACCUGCAAAAUAAAUUACAAUGCAAUCAAGUGUUUGAGGAAAUAUCCAUUAUCACAAUCUUAAUUGAACAUUUGAGCUCUCCUUGUAGAGGUGUAUUCUGUUCUUUUUAGGUGAUCACUUUCUUCUGAAGUACAAUCAAAGUUUCUGAUCCCUUAACUCCCUACUAACAAAAAGCUUCAACCUCCAUCCAUCCUUCUUCAGCUGGGGAGGUGGUAAAUUUGAUUGGAGCCUGCUCUACGUCCUUUCACCUCAGUGAACAGACCACAAUUAUUACAAAGUUCCUAACUUGCAGUACCUGUGAGGCGUCCAGACAAAUAAAAGCUUCAGUGCACAGAACAUAGUGGAUAGCAGACUUUGUCCAGUGAUUGACUUUGCAUUAUCAAUUAUACUUCUGUCUGUUUGUCUGCGUGGAAUAUUGACCAUUUGUUAGAAAUUGAAAACUAUGUUUCUGCUAGUGUGAUGUAAUUUGUGUUUUCUGAGUAAUUCAUACAGUUAACUGACAUCCAUAACAAAAACAGGAAAUGUUGGAAACACACAGCAGGUCAGGCAGCAUCUGUGGAAAGAGAAACAGAGCAAAUAUUUCAGUUUGAAAGGUCUUUGUUAACUCUGUUUCUCUUUUAGUAGAUGCUGCUUGACCUGUGGAAACUCCAGCAUUUUCUAUUUCAGAUUUAUAUCAUCUGCUUUUUUUUCAUUUCACUGAUCAAUGCCCAUAUGGGAAAGAACAAUUUGGAAUUUCUGCCCCUUCAGCUCUUGUAUUAGGUAAAUAUCUAAAUAGACUGCUCUGUCCCAGUGAAGAUCAAAGCUGGAAAUAUCACACUCUGUAGAUACAUUCACAUUAUCUGAGGACAUCUUUUUCAAUAAAUUGAAUGGACAAUACAGUAAAAUCCAUGAAAUUUCAACCCCAAUAAUGACAUUUAAAAAAAAUAUUUUACAUGUGCCCACAUAAAUAGUCCGGUGAAUGACUCUUUGAGUGAUCCUUUGCUUACAUGGAUGGGAACAACUUUGCUCAGACUCUCACUCUCAACUGGAUUCUCAGAGAGUGUAAUUUACUCAGUCACAUAUGCAAAUUACUCUUUUCCAUAUGUGUCUGCUAACAAUAUUAAUAAUAAAAACAUUGCUUUUAGGGAAGCUUUUACAUGGCCAAAAGAUUGAAACUGUCUCAAGCCUACGUGUUCCAAAUCCCUAUUCAGCAGAUCAACUGCAGAGAUUAGCUUGAUUCACCAUGAUUGAUCCCACCUUCCUGCACCAAAUCCUGAUCAGUUUUCUCUGCCUCACUAUUAACUGAAUUUUGUUGCUCAUGUUGAUCAUGUAAUUGAAAAGCAAAAACUGCAGAUGCUGGAAAUUUGGAAUAAAGAACAGGAAACAGCGGAGAUUCUCAGCAGGCCAUGCAGCAUUUGCCGAGAGAGAAACAGAGUUAUCCUCUCAGGUCAGUGCCUGUUCAUCAGAACUUGGAUGAUCAAGUAAUCUCAGUUGUUGAACCCAUCUGUCAGUUUGGACAUCAGUGACCUUCCAAACAAGAACAACUGGAUAUGUUGCAAUUUCAGAUAAAGUCUUCCUACCUUAUGUUAUUUUGAAAGCUCCCAUGAACUUGACAAAUGGCCAGGAUCAGUGAAUGAAGCAUAUAAGUAGGGCAGGCACCAGGUGCACGAUCUGAAAAGCAUUUUGUUAGUUUGGUUCUUCAUUUAUUUUUUUGAUCCAACAACUCUCAAUUUCAAUCUCUGCUUGAAUUUUUAGUUUCUGUCUUUUAUUUGAGCUUUGGGAGUUUUGGAGUUGUGGGCCCUUUUUGUGUUUUUCAACUGGAGUUUACCUAAACACAUAAUGAGUGUCAAGUGAACACAACAUUUAUUUGUUGCUGUUGGUCUUCAGUUGAACAGCAAAGAUGAUACAAAAAUGUGACAAAAUAUAACAAUGUGACACAGGCACUUAAGGUAAUAAGGUAUCAUUUUCCUUGGGAUGUAACAGACUUACACUAUAGAAACUCAUGUAUGUAUGGGAGUUGUUGCUAGCAACAAGGGGAGAAAGCUGAAUGAGUGUAUCUUUAUUGAAAAACCCUGAUAAUGGAAUCAUUCUGACACAGGGACUAUAUUUUCUCACACACCCAUCUGCCUUGCACUGUCGGGCUCUGUUUUUCUUCUAACUCAAAUUUUCUUUUACAAUAUUUUCCAUAUUCAUUACUAAACGCAAAUAUUCAAAUGGAUGAAAAGAAAUAAAAAGAAUUUUAUCCUAA